AUGACUGGUUCUUCAGACAAUAAUAGCGUACCAAGACUUGUAAUCAAGAAAAUAUUAGCAAAUCUUCAGAAAGAAGGCGAAGGUGCUUUAGUUAGACAAGGCAUCACAGAGAGUGAGCAUAAGUUAUUGGACUCGUUCAAGUUGCUUGUUGAAUUUACAUUUUCGCUUUCAGCUGGAUUCCCAGAUCAUCCUCAUAGAGGUUUUGAAAGUGUUACAUACAUGUUCAAGGGAGGUAUCAUUCACAACGAUCUCAAUGGUCAUAAUGGUACAAUCCGAGCCGGAGAUGUUCAGUGGUUGACAUCAGGAAGAGGAAUAAUCCAUUCAGAAAUGCCUGAAGAAGAAGUCAACAAUGGUUUACAACUUUGGAUCAAUCUCCCUUCACAUGACAAAAUGAUCGAGCCGAAAUAUAAGGUACAGUCGAGUUUAGAUAUACCGAGAGCAGAAGAAAAAGGAGUUGAGGUCAAGGUCAUAGCUGGAGAUUCAAUGGGAAUCCAAUCUUUAGUCUACACAAGAACACCAACAAUGUUCCUUGACUUUACCCUCAAGCCAGGAUCUCAAACCCACCAGACCGUUCCAGAACUAUGGACGGCUUUCGCCUAUAUUAUAGAAGGAGAUGAAGGUGUGUUCGGUUCCUUGAACUCUUCCGCUAUAUCGGCGCACCAUGUUGUUGUGUUUGGACCAGGGGAUUUAGUUAGCGUGUGGAACAAGUCAACCUCAAGGCCGUUGAGGUUUCUGUUGAUUGCAGGGGAACCGAUUGGUGAGCCUGUGGUUCAGUGUGGUCCGUUUGUGAUGAAUUCGCAAGCAGAGAUCGAUAUGGCUUUUGAGGAUUAUCAGAAUGCUAGGAAUGGGUUUGAAAUGGCUAAGUGUUUGAGGUCACAGUAA